AUGGUGGCAAGUAUUCCCGUGACUAAGUCGUUCGAUCCAGCUCGGAGUCACCCUUUCCUGUCGAGCAAGUUCAAAAGAAGGGACCCAAAUGUGCACUUCUAUUUGCCUAUAGAGUGCCCGUUGCUUAAGAACUGCACGGAGGGUUCAUGUCCGCUGGCGCACACUAAGCUUGAGGUGAUUUUCCAUCCUAUUGUCUACAAGACCCGUAAGUGCAAGAUGGUGUCGAUGGGAUCCUGUAGCUUCCCUCAGAAGUGUACCUUUUACAACAACGACUCGGAGAAGAUGGCUGCCCAGCUGUUGUGGCUAGUUUGGGAGAAGACCUGGGAUCUGUGGCGUGUCAACAUCGAAGCCGUACUCAGUAGCCAUAACAAGCUCAAUAGUACUAUUGCCAAGAACUUGUCGAUGAUUAAAAACUACAGGGGCAACAUGAAGCAAUUCUUGAAGACCAUUAAUGGUACGAAUAAUGGACGGAGUCUCCUGGAUGGCAGGUUGGAUUCCAUCCUGCGUUCACAAUUUUCCACGUCAGCGCCGAACGCGGGCACUGAUGAGUCUCGGAGCCAGUCGCUGCCACUCGCUACGCCAAAUAACUGGUCUUUUAAGUUCAACGGAGUGGGUGAAUGUUUAAAAUUCAGUGACCUUUUGGACUUAUCUCCCAGCAGUGUCCGAAAUUUCGACGCCUCGGACUCUGAUUCGUACGCAUCGCUAAUUUUGAAUUCCCUGAGGAAUGUGUCUCAGAAAACGAUAUAA